UGUUAUUGGUGUUUUGGACUUAACUGGCUGGGCUAGGCAGAUCACAGGACCGGUUAGCACUCUAGUCUGCUCGUACGGGUUUCGUGUCACUGUUCCAAUCGAUAAGUUGCUGCUCCCUGUUUGGCGGGUCUUAUCGCGUCACACAUCAACUAGUCGUCCACUCGGCCACAAGUAUAACAUAGUGACAGUAAAUUCUAGUAGACCACAAACGAUGAAUGAUAUGCAGACCACCAUCCCUCCUAUUUCACGAGAUUAGUUCAUCUUCUUCACCUGCUUCUACUUUCUAGUCGAGGAAAACCCUAUAUAUCAAUUGUAAACUCAGCUUUUCUCUUAUCUUCGGAUAGGUAUUCCCCAUAAAGCAAAAAAUCGCACAGUAUAUAACAUGAGUCGUAAAAGCUCUUUUGUUUAAAAUUAUAGUGCAGACAUAAUAUCGAUAUGAUCUUCCUCUUUAAAAUUCAGAAUGAUGGCUCACGUACUUUAUUUCAUUCAGGAUCAAACUUAACGCUAGUUUUGUUUAAAUGAUUUAUACACCUUAUCAAUUUGUGUGCUUUGCUAUGUAAAUUCGAUACAUGUCUCACGUUUCUGUUGAUGAUAUUUUUAUGUUUAAUGUGAAUUAGAGAGAAUAUGAUCAGAAGUGGAAGGCCAAAAGAGAGGCUAUUAAAAGAAUGGAAUCUAUGGACUCGUCGCGAAAAAAACUUAAAGAAGAGCUAGAAGCAAGAGAAGCGGCUGCCAUGGCCAUGCGGAAGAGGCAGUUUGAAGCUGUAGCUAAACAACAAGCAGCCGACCAGAUUCGCAGGGAUUGGGAACGCCAUACUGAAGAAAUGAAGUGGCAAGCUGAAAGGAAACGAAAACCUACGAAUGAUGAAACUGACAAUAUAAAUUUCAAAUCAACUAAGUCUGAUCAGGCUGUAGUGAGAAUAAAAUGGGCUUACGGAGAAAACUUUCAGGCCAACGCUUGCUACACAGAAUCGUUCCUAAGAACAUGCUUAUCAGAGUUCGGUGACGUGAUAGCUUUCGUUAUUGGUAAGCGUGGCAGUGCCAUUGCUGAGUUUUCCACCUAUGAUGAAGCAAAAAAAGCAAUAAAAGCAUCUGAACAUGGGAAAGUCGGUCUUCCAAGUUUACCCCUUCAAUUAUCAUGGUUAUCAAAAAAUAACACAGAUGGGAUUACUGAUUCAAAUAACGUCAAAGAUAAACAAGUGGAAAAAGAUAAAUUCAUAUAUGAACCAACUCCAAGUAAUAAGGUAUGGUCAAUUUCAAUCACCCUUUAACUGGAUUUCAUGUUACAGUUGUUCCUGUUACUCAUAUUCACAGAAUGUAUGAAUGUAUUAAGUACAUGUCGAUUUAUACUAGUAUAGAGAUGUUUUGUAAUUAACAAGCAAAAGAAUAACAACCACAUCGAAAGGAAUAAUAGUAAAGUAACUACUAGCAAUAGAUAACUAUGUUUUUAAAUGCAAAUUAAUACAGAACAAAAAUAAGAAGUGUGUAGAAUUCACCUGUUGUAGGUUGU